GAGAGCAGCAAAAUAACCAGACAGAAAGGAAAAACUGCAUUCGCAUCGCCAAAAGACUGUCUGUCGGUCGUUCGAUCGGUCGGUUAUUCUUUGGGUUGGUGAUACUUACGUAAUUUUCGCGACCAGAGGCCACAGGGAAGAAUCUAGAUUCCCUUGUCACCUGCCGUGGAUUAUCGAAUCGGAAGCAUACUCAUCGGAGUGCAGUGUGGUGAUAAAUAUCGGAAAUCAGUGCCAUUAGAGUGAAGGAGUGCUAGGGAAAUCGAUCCGAAAAGUGAGGGUAAAAUUGUCAGAAGGGCACUUCCUGUCCACCUAAUCCGAACAAGGCCGGAGUUGGCAGUGUAGUUUGUUCAUUGUGCGGUGAGAAAUCGAUUUUGGUGCUGUAACCAGUGUGGUCACGUAAUAAGGCGGAAAAGGCCCACUUAAGGAGGCGAGAACUCUCGAUUAGCCAGAGGAAAAAUGUUUGCAGUCUGUAAAAGCGGCGGCCUGCUGGCCAGCAGUAUUCAAAGGUACGGCGUCCGCUGCAUAAGCUCCGUAGUUCCCGAAGUAAAACUGCCGGAAUAUCCACUAGUGAACGAACCGGUGCUAGCUUACAAAAAGGGAUCGAAAGAGCGCAAGGAACUCGAGGCGGCCCUCAAGAAGACCGCCUCCACCUUAGAAGAUGUCCCGAUCAUCAUCGGCAGCGAGGAGUUCCGCACCAACAACGUACGGCAUCAGGUGAUGCCGCACAACCACAGCAAACAGAUCGCCAAAUUCUACUGGGCCGACAAGAAGCUCGUGGAGAAAGCCAUCAAGACUGCCACCGAAACGCAGGUCAAAUGGGACCGGACACCGAUCAGCGAGCGGAUCAAGAUCUGGCAGAAGGCGGCCGACCUGAUGGCCGGGCCCUAUCGGGCAGAACUGAACGCCGCCACCAUGCUCGGCCAGGCCAAGACUGUGAUCCAGGCGGAAAUCGACUCUGCCGCGGAGUUGAUAGAUUUCAUUAGAAUGAACACCGUCUAUCUGAAGGAAGCCACCAAAUAUCAGCCGAUCAGCGAAAACAGUAAGGUGACGAAGAACUCGUUACGAUUCCGUGGCAUCGAUGGAUUUAUCGCGGCCGUCAGUCCGUUCAACUUUACCGCCAUCGGUGGAAAUUUAGCUUAUACUCCUGCUUUAAUGGGCAAUGGAGUCCUGUGGAAACCGUCGGACACGGCUCUCCUCUCGAACUACGUCAUCUUCAAGAUCAUGCGUGAGGCCGGUGUCCCGCCCGGUGUGGUCAAUUUCAUUCCAACAGACGGUCCCGUCUUUGGUGACACCAUCACCGCCUCGCCCCAUCUGGCUGGUAUCAACUUUACCGGCUCCGUACCCACCUUCAACCGGCUAUGGCGUCAGGUUGGAGAGAACAUCAAUAUCUACAACAACUUCCCACGACUGAUUGGCGAAUGCGGUGGCAAGAAUUACCACUUCGUGCAUCCAUCGGCGGAUGUCCAAUCGGUCGUGAACGGAACCAUCCGGUCGUCGUUCGAAUUCUGCGGCCAGAAGUGCUCAGCUUGCUCGCGUAUGUAUGUCCCAGAAUCGCUGUGGCCGCAGGUUAAGGAAGGUCUGAUAAAGACCCGGGAUACGCUGAAGAUCGGGGAUGUUACGGACUUCUCCACCUUCACUUCGGCGGUGAUCGACGAUAAGGCAUUUAAUCGAAUCAAGUCGUACAUCGACCACGCCAAGAGCUCAAAGAACCUGGAAAUCAUUGCCGGUGGUAAGUGUGACGACAGUAAGGGAUACUUCAUCGAACCAACGAUCGUGCAGUCGAACGACCCGAAGGACAAAAUAAUGACUGAGGAAAUCUUCGGCCCGGUGCUGAGCAUCUACGUAUACAAAGAUAAGGAUCUGGACCAGACCAUGAAGCUGGUUGGCAACUCAACGAGGUUCGCCUUGACGGGUGCCGUGUUCUCCAAGGAUGAAGCAUUCCUGAAGCGUGCAUUGGAGGAAUUCAAACUUACGGCCGGUAAUUUCUAUCUCAACGACAAGUCUACUGGAUCCGUGGUUGGACAGCAGCCGUUUGGCGGUGGUCGAAUGUCAGGAACCAACGACAAGGCUGGUGGUCCACAUUACGUCCUCCGGUGGUCAACCCCUCAGUCCAUCAAGGAAACCUUCGUUCCGUUGAACGAGGUCGACUAUCAGUAUAUGCGUGAAUAAGCAGCAACGGCGAUUGUCACCGAAUAAUAUCUCGAUCUAGAUGCACUACCCACAGCAUCGCAGAUGUGAUUUGAAAGAAGAACACAUUUCUUUAUCCUUGCUUGCAACAACCGUAUCCCGUAUUUUGUAGAUGAUUUCCCCUACCCCGUUCCUUUCUUGCCUCGAAAAACUUACGAAAUUGUUAGAUGCAACACCAUUGCGUAUUGUGCACCAUUUCUAGAAGUAUUGUUUAGUCUCGAUAACAAUUAAGGCUCCGAUCAUUGCUCAUCGCAUGCUUGAGAGGCCAAGUGAUAUCCGAUUCUCGAUUUGAGUUUCAUAUUAGGUAAUCCUUGCGUACGUUUAGAAGAUUGUACUAUUAGCAUACUAUCCACUUAGGUAAAUCCAAGUCACUUUGUUUUGAAUUAAAAUUGUGUAUUAUUUCUACUAAUUAUGUUCCUUUGUUUGUUUUUCAUUUUGUUACCCGAUGUUAAGCUUUUAGCUUUCAAUCCCUGGUUAUCUGAGCUUUUAUAUUGCCAUCAAUAAAUUCAUACCAUUGACAAUAUGACGAAGAGAGGAGAUAAUUUCUAUAUAAAUUAGAAAAUUAUUUUACUGGAUGGAAACAGUAUCGGAAGUAUAUAACCCAUACGCUAUAGAACACAUAAAACUAACUGUUGUUACUGGAAUGGAAAUAAACCCCUAUCAAUGGCAAACCAACCAAAAACGAUAGUAACCGGAUCAUAGUAGUUGUGUUGGAAGUAAAAUAAACCAAUUUGUCAAUCACACUCAAACAUACAAUGUUUAAUGCAACCAAAAUUUUGGUUCCCGCCAUAUUUGCAGCAUACCAUUUUGCUCCAUCAUGUCCGAGUAGGUACCAAUCAAUGCACACUAAGCAAAAACAAUACACACACAAAUUCAUACAUGCAGCUAGGUCUGAUGAGAACGAUCGAAAUUUGGCAAACGUGCCGCGGCUGAAAUGCGAAAAAUGCUCUGGUAACUACUGUGUAGUGGACAGUGUAUUGCUCUGGAGCCCCCACGAUACGACUCCGGGGAAAUGUCCGCUAUUCAGGUGCUACCGUCGAAUGUGUGCAAAAUCGUAACAUUAAUGGAUAACCCAACAGCAACGUUGGGUCAAACUGAGAUAACUACCUAGCGUAUAAGAAGGGCGGAAAUCGAGUUAAUAAAUGUUUGAAACUGGA